AUGACUUGUUUGAUACUUUUAUUGUUAACUAUUGUACUUUCUCAAUCUGAGAAGACAAGCUGUGUUUCUCCUUAUUACUUUUCACCAUUAUCAAGUGUCGAGAGUUCAAUAACACUAACCCCUGAACAGUUUAGUUUACAAACUAUAAAUUGUAAUGGUCAAACGCAAGGAAAUGGAUUAUGGAUUGAUAUUGCUAAUCACUAUGAUUUUACUCUUACUUUUCAAAUCCUUGCCUCUGAAGAUAUCACAAUGCAAUAUUAUGCUGAUUGUUCAUCUGUAUGUCAAGCUGAUAAUAAAGAAACUUUUCUUGUUCUUACUGGAGGACAUCAUCAACUAGUUUAUGUUUCUUUUAAUACUCCAUAUAAUACUAUUUUCUUUUAUCCUAUUUCACAAGGUACAGUAAACAAUCCAAUUGAGGUAAGUGAUCCAUUUCCAAAAUCAAUAGAUACUACUCUAUCAAUAAAAGAUGAGAAUGGUAUUUAUCGAUCUUUAGUGCUUUUAACUGUUAAAGAACAUUGGAAAUAUGGAAUUAAUAUUACUUCAACAUUACCUAUUACAACUCAAAUUCAAAGUUCUUCCAUUUCUUUUAAUAAAACAUUCACUGGUCAAUAUAUUGAAUUUGAUAGCGAACAAGAUAAUACACAAUUCCUUAUUUCGUUCAUUAGUCCAUCUAUUACAGUUAUUAAAGUUACGUUUAAUCAAACAUUCUUCCUUCCUACUUCAAUUAAAGAAAUUAAUAUAUGUCCUUAUAUUAGAUAUGAAACUGUUCCAUCUUCAUCACUUCCUGGUUCAACUGAAAUUUUUGGUUAUAACUACCAAAUUAAUCCUCUACCAAAUCAUCAAUAUUUUAUUGACUUGUGUUCUUCUUCAGACACUAACAUUACUUUUGAUUUCUUAUCUUCUUAUUACAAAAUUAAAUCUAUGCCAUGUAUUUCUUCAAAUGGACUUAAGUACAGUUUUAAUACUUCAGAGUCUGUUAAUCCAUUUUUAUUUAGAAUAGGUUUUACUUCAGUAAGUCCAAAUGCUCGUACAUUUGUUCUUCAAGUACAUAAUCAAAAAUUAGAUAGCUCAUCAUCGUCAUCAAAAAUAAUACUUACUGUAGUUAUUACUUCUAUUUUACUUGUUCUUUUAUGCCUUAUUAUUGUUACUAUUAUCUGUGUUUUAUGCUUAAUAAAAAAGAAAUCAAAAUAUGCCUCAAUCGGAGAAGAGGAAGAAGUAUAUCCAACAAUUAUUACUGCUUAA